AUGACAGAAACACCAACCAACUUCAUCAGUGAGAAUUCCCUGAAACAAAAUGAACCGAAGAACGCUCACGUUUACCUGUCUGAAAUCCCCGAUGGAAACGAUAGUAUUGAUCUCGACUACGACCUGGACGACGAAACGUUCGAACUGCCACUCAAGGCUCGAUCCAAAUCUGAGCAAUCUGGAAAUUUUUCAGAUCUCGCGCCGGUCGGGAGUAUCGAUAAGAAAGUGAGGUUUCAAAGCCAGACGGUAUCACCAUGGGAUCCGCUAACAAGUGACUCGAUUGAAGUCCUGGAUACACACUAUUUGGGCGCUCCAGGGGCUCCCAAAACUCCAAGCGGUAAUCUUGGCCGAAAACCACACAUCGAGGACGUUUUACAGCACGCUCAAAUGUUGAACGGGUACCUGGAUCAAAAUCUCGGUAAAAUAAAAUCUUUUCAGACUGACUUCUACAAUCAGGAUCACGAGAGCUCCUUUCCUAUGAGUAGCAAUUUUGCCAGCAACGUUGCCACUGCGCCAACUACUCCAUCCGGUUCAGUAUCGAAUUUUCAACUGAGUGAAAGCGAGGCUAGUGAAGCUAGCGAAGCUAGCGAUGCACCGGAAGAUCCGCAUUCGGACUUUGAUGCAGUCUCUUCUGCUGUUUUACAAAGCGACAACGAGAGAGAGGAUCGCAAAAUCAAACAGAUUUUGUCUAAGCAUCAAACUGCAACAUACCCUCGAUCUGAAAACCCCUCCAACGUGAGCCUGGUGAAAGGCGUCUCCAACACAUGCGUAGGGACUGUGCGACCAGAUUCGCCCUGCACGUCUCUCGGGUCGCCUGCCAACGGCGUUCAAACUAUUCAAAACUCACCGGUCAUACGUGAUGAAAAUUUCUUGCGACCCCCAAGAUUGGUACCACGACCCUCGGAGACGGAUGAAGAACCAGAUGCAGACCCCCCAGAUAUGGAUUCUGAUGUGGCGCUGGCGCUAUACAUCAAGACCAUCAAAUGCUUAAUUGAAUACAGCAAAGACAUUGAUAUUACCCCAGAGCACAUAGAGCCUUCGUUUGCUACUUUUCACAUGAAAUCUGCCCCUACGCUUGGGUACGAAGAGUAUUUGCAACGAUUCCAUGGGAAAUUCUCCUUCUCUUCCGUGGUGUACCUCACGGCGGCGCAUCUUUUACAAACUUUAGUGCUGCGGAAGGACGCUUUUAGCAAUCAACUUCUAUUCCGAUUCAAAAUCGAGUCUCGACAAGUACACCGGCUUAUCAUUGCGACCGUGAGGCUCGCAACCAAGCUGCUGGAGGACUGCGUACAUUCACAUACCUAUUUCAGUCGCAUAUGUGGUAUUUCCAAAAAGCUGCUGACCCGGUUGGAAGUGGCGCUGCUGGAGUGUUUGAAGUUCCAAGCUCUCAAAAUUACGAACAAAACUUUACUCCACGCUGUACAGAUCCACGAAGAGCUAUGUAAGCUUCGGGAAUGA